AUGGGUGUAGAAGACGGUGAAUUCAGUGUGAGUGUGACGAAGGAGGAGGUGGUGGCAGCAGCGUUGCCAAUGCAAGAACACUGGCUGCCACUAUCAAACCUUGAUCUCAUUCUUCCCCCAGUCGAUGUCGGUGUCUUCUUUUGCUACAAGAAACCUUUGCCAAUGUCCAACACAAACCUCAUCAACGUAGUGGGAUCUCUCAAAAAUUCCUUGGCACAGGCUCUAGUUUCCUAUUACCCUUUUGCUGGCGAAGUGUUGUCCAACUCCAUUGGUGAGCCUGAGCUUCUUUGCAAUAACCGUGGGGUAGAUUUUGUUGAAGCUGUGGCUGAUGUUGAGCUACAGUUCCUCAAUUUAUAUAACCCAGAUGACACCAUUGAAGGAAAGUUUGUUCCAAGGAAGAAGCAUGGAGUGCUUGCUGUUCAGGCAACUUGGUUGAAAUGCGGUGGGUUAGUAGUGGCAUGUAUUUUUGACCAUCGAAUUGCCGAUGCACACUCUGCAAACAUGUUCCUUGUAUCAUGGGCCGAAAUAGCCCGGCCCAACAAGCCCACAAUCUCAUCCCAACCUUGUUUCCGACGCUCCCUUCUCAUUCCACGACGCCCACCGUGCAUCCACCCUUCACUGCAUGACAUGUACGUACCCAUCUCCCACCUCAGUCCUCCAUCCGAACCCGACCCACUCAUAAGCCGCAUAUACUACGUCUCAAGUGAACAACUCAACCGCAUGCAAUCACUGGCUAGUUCAAACGGUGUGAAACGCACGAAAUUUGAGUCUUUCUCUGCGUUUUUGUGGAAGAUGGUGGCUGGUGCUGCUUUCAGUGUUAACGGUAAGAAAAGUGUUGUUGCGAAGAUGGGUGUUGUGGUUGAUGGAAGAAAGAGACUUAGCAAUGGUGACAAGAACAAAGAAGCAAUAAUGGAUUCGUAUUUUGGCAACGUGCUUUCGGUUCCCUAUGGUGGGAAAGUGGCAAAUGAGCUUGCGGAAAAGCCACUGACUUGGGUGGCUGAACAAGUUCAUGAGUUUUUGGAAACGGCAGUAACGGAAGAGCAUUUUUUGGGGCUCAUUGAUUGUGUUGAAGAACAUCGUCCUGUUCCUAUGUUGUCUAGGAUAUACUGUGGUAGCACUAAGGAAGAGGGACCGGCUUUUGUUGUUUCUUCUGGUCAAAGGUUUCCGGAGUCAAAGGUUGACUUUGGGUGGGGGAAGCCUGUGUUUGCGUCCUACCAUUUUCCUUGGGGUGGUGAUGCUGGCUAUGUUAUGCCAAUGCCAAGUCCUACUAGGAAUGGUGAUUGGUUGGUCUAUAUGCACCUCCUCAAGGGUCACUUGGACUUCAUGGAGUCUCAUGCUCCCAAUUUUUUUAGGCCUUUCUCUUGGGAUUACUUGAGGAUCAAUGAAUGUUGA